UAUGUUACAAUCACUUUAGAAUUUAGGCAUUUUAGGUACACAUAAACAAAACUAAUGCAACGUAAUACAAUGGCUCUGCAUUAAAACCUUUCCUUGAUAGGUAUUGUGGUCAGUUUAUUUAAUCUGUUUGAAAGAGGUUUUUUAUUUUAUUGGUGUAUUUGAAGGCUGUUUAUGGUGCUAGUUAACUGUACUGGGCCUGGCUCAUACUAAGAGGUGUUAAUAUUUUGUUAACCGUAUAUUUAUGUGUGUAGGAUAAACUAAAUAUUUGUAACCCUUCUCAGUGUAUAGUAAAUAAGAAUAAUAGAGAUUCAGUUCAGAAACUCAUAAGCCUCAUGAAGGAUGGAUUUAUUUCAGAGCUAUUGUAUGACACUGAAUUAGUUUAAUCUUGGUGUACCUAAUAAUAAACUGACAACUGAGUCUACUGUAUACCUGCACAUGUCCUCACACAGUGUUUAAUACAUUUGUGCAUUUUUACAUCUACAAUGUUGACCCUGCAUAUUCCUCACAAAAUGUAAACAACUAAUUUGUUUAUCUAAAUGCUUUUUUUCUAACUGCAGUUGUCCUGCAUGCUGCUCUGUGGUCAGUCCCACCGGGAAAGGUUUACUAAGGUUCUUCCAACCACAACCCUCUCUUGUUCGCUAGAGUUAUCCUAUGAAGUGUGGGUUCUGCGGUUUUCUGAGCUCAAGUCAAGAAGCUCUAUUGAGGCACCAUAGACUACGACACAGAAGAGGAUCUCACUGGCCCUGUAUCUACAGUGACUGUGUGUGUACCUUCAAAACACCUGGCGCGUUAAAAUCUCACCUUACCAGAUCACAUUGCAGGACUGUAAGAAGGCAGGUGACAUCAUCUUUUUUCUGUGAGUUAUGUGAAUUUAAAGAAACUUGUACUGAGCGCACUUUUUUCACUCAUCUGGGACAUCAUUUAAAAAAUCAACACACUGUGCAUUGCCCCUUCCUGCGGUGUGAGUUUAAAACUAACAAUCUUAAAACAUUCAGUUCACACAGAAGCAGAAAGCACAAGAAUGCAAAGGACAUUAGAACUUGUCUAAGAGUGCAUUCUGAACAAUAUGAAGACCCAGAUUUUGGGAAUGCAGUGUGUAACCUGAUGGACAUUGCAGAGUUGCCACCAGAAAAGGCUGUCUUGCACAUUAUUUGGAAUAUUGAUGAAUCGCAGACGCCAUCCCAUUCAUCCUCCAUCUCUUCCCUUGAUACAGCCAGCAUUAGUUCACCAGCCUCCUCCCACAGCUCAUCUUCAAUUAUUCGCACCUUCAUGAGAAACAUUUCAGAGUGGCCUUCUCCAUUUGUGGUCCCCUCUUUCUCAUAUGAUGUGGAGUUAAAGCUCCGUAAGGGCAAUGACAUUUAUGAAAAAACUGGGCAAGGUCUAAGUGUAACGAGAGACAUGAAAAUGGAAAUUCUAGACAAGCUGGCACAAGAAAUAUUUGCUCUGAAAGCCUACCCUGAGAAAUAUCAAAUAGUAUCGGUUGCCUCUGAACUUGUCAACAAACAUCCGUGCCUUAAGGAGCCUGGUAGCGGCACAGGAUACGAUGGUUGGACAACAAGCAUCAAGUACAAACUUGGAAACUACCGAUCUAAACUGCGCCAGGCUGGAUGUAAUGAGGUCAGUGUAAACAGGAAAAGAGGGAGGGAUGACGAAGUUGAUGAGGGUAGGUUUUCCUUGAAAAAACCAAAGCGAGGUGAAGUCAAUCAUGUUCCUGAUCAUCCAGAAAACUACAAUGAUGAGACACUAGAAGACCAGAGAUGUGUCCUGGUGGGUGAAAUGAAAAAGAAGGGGAAAGACAUGGAACUCAUCAGACAGAAGAUGGACCUCACAUUCUCCCUUAGGAGAAAGGAGAUCGUGGAGGUGGAGCCCAUGGUCUUGGAAAUCCAGGAGAGAUGGCCUGCUCUUUUUCUGAGAGAACAGAUUUGUGAGGAGUUCUUCCGUGUCACUACUAAAGACCUGUUGGGGACCUUUAGAGCAGCCUUAGAUGAGUACUGUCCUAGACUGCUCAAGCUGUACCGUGCCAGGAGGGGAGCCUGUGGUCAAGACAUGGAAAAUCUCUUGGAUAGGCUUGAUGAACAGGAGAGAAGACCAGCAGCUAAAAUCCAGUCUGAUGAGGCGUACAGGAACAUCAAAAGGUGA